GUUGACAUCAACGGCCUCGAAAUAGAACCACCGCGUUAUUGUGAUACGCUCCUGAAAUUUCCACUUUACUUCCUGGACACCUCAUUAAUCGGGAAGGAGGAAAGAUACAGAACUUAAACACAAUCCCGCAUCUUGCUUCCGGUGAGGAAGAUGGGGAAGGAAGAAGAACUUCUAAAGACAGUUCACAACAACGACGAGAAAAAAUUACAGAAACUCUUGCUUCCGGAGAAAGAAUUCCAGAUUCGGAAGGUAGAUGUGCCUACAUCCGGCGCUCUAGGAGGGCGGAUCCGGAUGCAAGUGGUGCACGUGGAUAUCAACUGCAAGGAAAAUGGCACGGGAUACACGCCCUUAAUCAUUUCCGUCCUCAAUGGCAAUAAAGAAAUCAUGGAAACAUUGUUAUUUUACUCAGCGAACGUCAAUCUUGCCGAUCAAAAAGGGAAUACGCCAUUACAUUUGGCUGCAUUUAUGGGAAGACUAGAUAUCGUGUAUAUAUUGCUACGGAACUGUGCAAAGGUAAAUAUACAGAACAGCGAUGGAAACACGCCACUUCACGUGAUCUGCCAAAGUCGAGCAGACGACAGCGUGCAGCUCGUGCACACGUUAUUACGGGCAGGUGCUGAUACCACGUUGGUGAACAAAAAGGGCGAACUUCCAUUGGAUGUCGCUGCCAUGUAUAAUAGAAAAGACCUCGUGUCUUGUUUGAUGGAUAGUGAUUCAGGGUUGAACGGGAACACGUCGGCCAUUAUUGAGGCCGCCAUUAGAGGUCACACUGAGAUUGUACAGCUGCUGCUAGAUUUUGGGGUUAACCCCAACUGCAUCAACUCGGAUCGCAAAACGUGUGCUCUGCAUGAAGCAACGAGGUUCUUAAGAGUGAAAGUAGUCGAGGAGCUGCUAAAGUAUGGGGCGGAUCCGGAAAAGGAAAACGCCAAACAAGAGACUCCUUACAAUAUAGCAUCACAGCUUCCUCCUAAAAAGUCAGAGGAAUUCACAAAAAUGUUUGAUGAAUACAAGACAAAAGGUCCUACGGAAAUGCCCAAGUUCAUGAAAGUUUCGUCCGCAAAAGCCCACAUAGUUCUAAAAGACUACCCAUCAUUAGAGACAGAUCCUUCCUGGACUAGGAACAGCCCUGAUUUUUGUAAUGAAUGCACGGCAAACAGCCCAAAUACAAAUCUGUUAGAUGGAAAUCUCCGUACUUUUUGGGUGAUUCCUGCAGUAACGGAGGCGUGGGCGGUGUUUGAUUUUCACAGUAUCUACACAUUAACCGGCAUCAUUUUAUACGGAUGGUCAAGUCCACAGAUGGUUAAAACAUUUGAAUUGCAAACAGCAGAAAGUGUUCUAGGGCCUUGGACUACAAAUCAUGUGUUUACAUGUGCCUUAAAAGGCAGCCAGGAUGCAAAAGACCCUGGAGUUCCUCAGAAAUUUACUGGUUUUACGUCUAAGUCACAAUUCUGGAGAGUUAAUAUCAUAUCAAACUAUGGGGGCCAGUGUACGUGUUUUCAGGCGGUGGAGUUUUGUGGCACAGACGAUAGGAUUAUUGAAUUUUUUGAGCAUUUAAAUUUACAGAAAUACUCUGAUGCAGUAAUUAAGGCAGGAUAUAAUAACUACAGAAAAUUUCUACUAAUGGACGAGACAAAGUUACAUGAAAUGAUUGCCGAUGAAUCAGAUAUAGAGAAAGUCAUACAGGAAAUAAAGAAAUGCAGGAGAAAAGAAUUUGUAUUAAAAACUUUAAAAUGGGAGAAAGCACCUGUUCUUUGCGCUGAUGUUGGCGAGAUUCUUCCUGAUAUUGUUGUAAAGGGGGAUGUUGCUUGCACAGAGUCUGUAGAAUUUUAUUUUCAAGGUGUCAAACCAAACUGUCAGGGAAAAACGAAAGUGCAACUUUGUUCCAAUGGUACUUCGUCACCCACAUAUUCUACAGCUGUGUUUAAAAACAUAUCAUUUAAUUCAGUUGGAUCGUAUGAAUUUUGUGUUCGAGGUGUAGAACAUCCCGAGGUAUACAUAUCUUGUCCACACUUCAUAGAUAUUAAGCCUAAAAAUAAAUUAUCAAAAGAAGUUGAGAGAUCAUUCAGAGAUAUUGAAGAUAUGCUGGAAGGCCUUCAGGACUUAUGACAUCUUUUAUGAACUGAAAAGGUGCCUGUGUAUCGUUGUGAAAAUAACAUUGAAUAAAACUGUGAUAUUGAAUAAAAGUAUGAUAACACUUGUAUCAAUAAAAUAAGCUUACAUGUUUA